AUGGCAUCAAAGGAAAUAAGAGGCUCCUAUCAUGUUGAUGAAGAAUUAGAACAACAGGGCAAAGGACUUGAUGAUUUGAUAGGUAAAGGAAUUAUUAAUAGAAAUAACAGAAAUUAUUUGGAAUCUAGGUUAAAAACAAAUAUUAGACCAUUGACAGAAAGUGAUGAUUAUGAAGUUUAUUUUAGUGGUAAAUCAAUAAAUGGUUCAUUAUUGACUGGAUCAUUGGAGGCUAAGAAAUUGGAUGGAUUUGAAAAGUUUACAAAAUAUGGAGGUGGUGAUGCAAAGAAAAUAUUAAUUCCGAAAGGUCAAGCUUUGAAAUUUAUUGAUAUUGGAUUACAAUUUACAGUGAUAAUGACAAAUUUAAAUGAAGCUUUUUUAUAUGGAGAUUUUGUAUAUGGAUCAAGUUCGGCUGAUAUUAAUCCUCUUGGAAGACAAUUAUCAAUUCUAAUGACACCAGAAGUUAAAAUCAAUAAUUUCCCAUAUGAACCUGUUGCCAUGUUGUGUGGAGAACAAUUUGUUGCAGUAUUGGAUAGCUGUAAUAGAUUGUGGUAUUGUGGUAUUGAAACUCACAUUGGAACUGCUAGUAAUAAUUGUACUUAUGAUUUUGUGGAAAUUGGAUUGAAAAAGUAUUUGGAGACUGAAUUUAAUGAUGAAACUACACAUAUCACUCACUUUAGAGUUGGAGGAAGACACUUGUGUUUAUGUAUUAAUAAUAGGACUAUUAUUUCAACAGGUGCAAACUAUUUUGGACAGUUGGGAAUUAUAAACACACCAGAUUUGGUACCAUCAGUUCUCCCAAGCACUGUUGUCGAUGCACUGUACAGCUAUACAUUCGUUAAAAGUUGGAAUGAAGAUGGAAAAUAUAGAGUAAGAGACGUUGCUUGCUCUGGAAAUAUGACAGCUAUUCUCACAGAAUGUGGAAAAUUAUUUAAAACCUGUAAUGCAUCUGAACCAAUUCAAGCAGUUGUUCUGGAUGGGUUUUCACUAACUACCAUCGGUGGUAAUUGGACUCACAUUCUGGCACAUACAAGCAAAAACCAAAUGAUGGGCAUUACAGAUAAUCAUGUUACAGAAUUCUUUAGCGAAUCUCCCAUUAAGAAUUGUGAUAAUUUGCAAAUCUCAACAGGAACCAAUUCUAACUAUACCUAUUUUAUUUACUCAAAUAAUGAAUUAUAUGAACCACGCAAUCCAAAUCCUGUUCUCAAAUCUUCUCUGCCAAUAGUUGUUUGUAAAAUGACAUCUAAAGCAACCAUGGUUUUAUGUAUGAAUUGUAAGAACAACAAGUCAAUUGUUGCAAUGAAACGAAACAUGCUCCAAUGUACAGUAUCACAAGGGUUAUCAGAUAUUCUAAUCAAUGUCCACCAAUAA